AUGGCUAACAACGUGACCGCUACCAGAGAAGCUACAAGGCGUACUCACACUUACAGUUUCCAUCGCGAAGGCUUGAUUCAGUUGGGGCAAUUGGGUGGAUUGAUCACUGGUCAUAAUAAAACUGUGUUCACUGAGAAUUAUGGAAACAUCUUGACUCUUUUGGACUCACACGUCGACGAAUGGGAGAAACCUGAUCUGGACAACAUUGCCAACGCUCUUUAUUUGAGCAUAGGAGAUGUUCAUGGAAAUUGGAAAAAGAAUGGUAGCACUCAGGGUUUCUAUAUGAGUUUCUUGGUUGAGAGGGCCCAAGAGUUGGCUAACAAAAAGAUGUGGGAGGCCUUCAACGCCCUUCUGGCCGUUUUGAUUUAUGGGAUCGUGAUGUUCCCUAACAUUCACAAGUUCGUUGAUCUGGCUGCUAUAUGUCUUUUUGUGGAGAAGAAUCCGGUCCCUACUUUGCUAGCCGAUACGUACUAUUCUAUUCACUCUCGAUAUGGGAAAGGAGGAGCCAUAAGAAAUUGUUUGCCGUUGUUGUACACCUGGUUUAAGUCCCACCUACCUACAAGUGGUCCUUUCGUUACUUCUACUCAGAAAUGGCAUCAAAGGAUCAUGGGGCUUACUGGAGAUGACAUUGUCUGGUGUCCUACUGGAAUGGAUGUGGAGAAAGUUAUAACUAGCUGUGGUACUUUUGACAAUGUUCCCCUCAUAGGAACAAAAGGGGUUAUCAAUUAUAAUCCUAAGCUAGCGCUACGUCAAUUGGGUUUUGCACUUGAAAACAAGCCUUUGGACAAAGAGAUAUUUGAAUCCGUUUGCUUUGAGAAGGGGACCGAUCUAAAAGGUCUAGAAAAGGUGAGGAGUGCCUGGAAUAGCAUCCAUACAGAUGAUCAGACUUCUCUAGGGGAAAAGAAUGCCGUUGCCAAACAAGCCUACACGGAUUGGGUUGAGGAUAGAGUUAAAGAUCGUCUGUUGCCGUUCCCGAAGGUUAAUCCAUUGUACAAGCAACCACCUAAGGUUCCAAUUGCCAUUAUGCCUGCUGAGAAUUGCAUCCCAGUAAAUAUGGAAAGCACCCAAUUGCACGAAAAGAAGACGGAUGUGCCACCGAAACAUCGUCCUGUGGACCAGAAAAGGGUUGAGUUGACACAUGAGACCAAGGUGCUGAAGGAAGGAUCUUUGAGAGUUCAAAAGAGGGCUAGAACCGAAAAAGGUGAAAGAGAUACUACUGUUACUGUCGAAGAUCACCAGAAGAUCCUAAAAAGGGCCAUGAAAGAGGCAGAGGAGAAACUCAAGCGAGAGUACCGAGAAGACUUGAAAGCUUAUAAGCUCAAGAUAGAAAGGGAUGCUAGAGUUGAAGUAAAGAAUCUGAAAAAGAAACUGGAAGAAGAGACCACUAAAAGAAUGGCAAUCGAGACCCAACUGAAAGGAAGUCACCUCCAUGACAACUCAAGAUCCUUCAAACAGCAAAUCUCAUGUAUUCCAUCCCCUCUUCCAUUUGAGCCAGAAAGUGAGUCAUAUGAAGGACCAUGGCUUGAGAUAUGA